AAAUCUUAGAACCCUCAGUGUGUCGUGUGUCGUGGCGGGAAGCGCUCCGAAAAAACAAACCUACUUGCACCGACCAAAAAAAAAAAGUGACAUCGGACUCGCCAGUGACAGCUGUCAAAGUGACAAUGAGCUACAGCGCCAUCUAUGACUACAGUUUGGAUUUACCGAAAAACAAUGGGUGUUGUGAUAUAAAGGAGGAGGAAAAGAACGAGGAGCACAUCCAGCAUGUGCUGGGACCCAGCAGACGAUGUCUGGCCUGGGCCUGCAAGGCCUGCAAGAGAAAAACAGCAGCUGUUGACAGGCGGAAAGCGGCCACGCUACGUGAGAGAAGGAGAUUAAGAAAAGUGAACGCUGCUUUCGAAGAGUUACGAAUACGUGCUCGGGCUGGGAGUGGACGUCUGCCUAAGCUGGAGAUACUCCGAGCAGCCAUCCAGCACAUUGAGAGGCUCCAAGCCGCCCUUAGAGCAGCAACCGCUCUGGACUCCGACAGCUGCAAGAACUACGCAGAGCCGGCGAGGAAGCCUGACAGCAAGCAAAGUAAAAACGAAAAGGAGAAGCCCUUCCUCAGCGGUGACCCGACGUGCGGACUGAACAGUCUAGCGAGGCUGCGCUGCAUCGUACAGGCUCUGGCAAAUGAAACGUGACCACAUUACAUAAACGCUAUCGUGACGACGCGAGUGUUGACCGCUAUCCAGGAGUACUUUACAUCCCACCAGCAAUUGCUUAGCAGUUCUAACUGCCUUCCCACAGAUCGAAGACAUUCAGCGCCGGCAAGUUACUGGCAGGAAACGAAAUACCUUGUAUAACUUAGAUAUGUGCAGUGCACAACCCCUAUCGCAUUAUCACUUAACGAUCACACUGGCAAGAAUGAAGCGUGUGAUCAAAGAUGCCUUACAUCAUUUUCUAACAUCUGGUUUUCUUACACCGCUGGACUGAUAUUAAACAAACGUAGGUAAGAACCACCGCAACGGAACUGCUUUCAAAUGAAGAAAAUCUCAUUCAAAUCGGUCAAUCCGUUUGAGAGUUAGGAUGCCACAAACACACAACCACGUCAUACUUAUAACACGCCUACUUUGAAAAGGGGUUUACAAAGAUAUUUUUUAAGGUUUACCGUUAAUGAAUAUAAAAAAUUAUGAUCGCAGAACAUUAACAAACAUAUUUCUAGAAUAAAAUAAAAAAAAAAACAACAUUUUUUUUUUUUUUAUAAU